AGACAGAAGAGUUCAAUUGGCUCAGCAAUGGAAGGGGACAAGUGCAAUAAAAAUAAUGAUAAUCCAAAAUUACAAAGUGUGAGAAGAAAAUUAUUUGCUGAUGAUAAUGAGGAUGAUAGUGAUGAAGACAAUAAGACUACUCAGGGUAAUGAUGAUAAUUUGGCUAAUAGAUUAAUUGAAGAGACACGAUUUGAGGCUAGAGAACGAUGGAAUUUUGAUUUCGAAAAAGGUGAACCGUUAACCGGUCAAUGGGAAUGGGUAAAAAUAGAUGAAGAAUUUUCAGACCGGACUCCAGCUACGGCAUUGGGAAAUUCCCAUAGUGAGAAUAGAGAUAAUUUACAAGAAGAAAAAAUAGAUAAUAAUAAUCACUAAUCAGACUGAUAAUAUUUGUUAUUGUUUUUUAAAAAUAUUUUUCUUUAAAUUUCAUGUCGUUGAUCGCUGGUCUACUUUUAUGUCGCCGGAAGCUAAAUUUUAAAUUGGACUAAAUACUAAUCAAUAAUUUAUUAUUAUCAAAUACCAUAGAAGCAAUUAGAUAAAAUUUUUUGUAAAUAAUUGGAAUAAAAUAAUUCUAGUCUGCUGCAAUUUUUUAAGUUACUGAUAAAUUAUAAAAAUGCUAAAGUGAUAUUUUAUAAAAUUAUUAUGACAUAUAAUCAAUUAUAUAUUUAUUUUAU